UUGUCUUGUGGAGUGACCGCAGUUCUUCUUCCGCUGACAGGCYGUUGUCGUACGGUGACCAUGUUAUCUCAUUCCCGGUGUCUCACCAGGAAUUUUGGCCGUUCCCUGUCUGCCAUCCGUCAGGGGAAUAAUGUGUUAGCCCGGCGGUCCACUUCAGUUCUAUCGGCUAUCCAUCCCAUUACUUUAAACAACAGUGUAAAAUACAGCCCCCGAUCCAGUGGCUUCCAAAUUCAGUACUUCAGGACAUCUGUAGCCUACAGAGAUGAAGUUAUCACUGUCAAGACUCCUGCAUUUGCAGAGUCUGUCACAGAGGGGGAUGUGAGGUGGGAGAAAGCUGUUGGAGACACCGUUUCUGAGGAUGAGGUGGUGUGUGAAAUUGAAACGGACAAGACAUCAGUACAAGUUCCCUCUCCUGCUGCCGGAGUGAUUGAGGAGCUUUUGGUUCCAGAUGGGGGGAAGGUUGAAGGAGGAACACCACUUUUCAAACUUAAAAAGGGAGCCGGUGCUCCCAAAACUGCAGAAGCUCCAAAAGCAGAGGCCCCAGCUGCUACAGCCCCUCCACCACCUUCUGCUGCUCAAGCUCCCCCUCCCCCUUCAGCCGUGGGCCCCAUUCCCACCACCAUGCCCCCUGUGCCACCUGUGCCAGCACAUGCUAUGGACACCAAACCAGUUUCAGCCAUCAAGCCCACUGCUGCUCCAGCUGUGCCAACUGCCCACGCAGAAGGAGUUGCUAAAGCAGCAAGGACAGAGAGCAGGGUUAAGAUGAACCGCAUGAGACUAAGAAUUGCCCAGAGACUGAAAGAAGCCCAAAACACCUGCGCMAUGCUCACUACUUUUAAUGAGGUCGAUAUGAGCAACAUCACAGAGAUGAGGAAGGCGUACAAAGAUGCGUUUCUGAAAAAACACAACAUCAAGCUGGGCUUCAUGUCUGCGUUUGUCAAGGCUGCUGCUCAGGCACUGACUGACCAACCUGCAGUCAAUGCUGUGAUUGAUGACACAACCAAAGAAAUUGUGUACAGGGACUAUGUUGACAUCAGUGUGGCUGUGGCUACUCCAAAGGGUUUGGUGGUUCCUGUAAUACGCAGUGUGGAGGGAAUGAACUUUGCUGACAUUGAGAAGGCUAUCAAUUUGUUGGGAGAAAAGGCCCGUAAGAAUGAGCUGGCUGUUGAGGACAUGGAUGGAGGCACGUUCACAAUCAGCAACGGCGGUGUGUUUGGGUCCUUGUUCGGCACACCUAUAAUCAACCCACCACAGUCCGCUAUUUUAGGCAUGCAUGGCAUCUUUGACAGACCUGUUGCAGUCGGUGGCAAGGUGGAGAUCCGUCCCAUGAUGUAUGUUGCUCUGACCUACGAUCAUCGUCUGAUCGAUGGAAGAGAGGCCGUCACUUUCCUGCGCAAGAUCAAGUCAGUGGUGGAGGACCCCAGGGUGCUGCUCCUCGACAUGUGAACUGUUCCUCGUCAACCCCAAGCCCAACCAAACCACCUCCCACACCAACAAAGGCUGUACGCACUUGAUGAACAUUACUAUAACUACAGUUAAUGUUUUGUUGUAUUGGUUAACUAGAAGCAGAAGAAAAAAAAUGAUUUUCUGGCGAGAAGUUGGGUUGUGCAAUGGACAUUUGUAAGACUGGCAGGGAUUAAAGGUUUGGUGCUAUUCAUGAGGAAAUUAGGCUCUGGGGUUUCUGGUGCUGGUUUCUAGAUCAAAAAAACGAAUCUUUAAAUUGCCGUAUGUCAUUUUCUACAUGAAAUAUAUACAAAAACAAUCACUUAUCAUGAGAUGACAGGCAGUACAUUUUCAGCUUCACAACUUCAACUUUUAUUUUGGUUGAGAGAAGAACAAGAAGACAUUGGGCUAAAAAAAAAAACCUGCAAACACUAUGUUUUAAAGUCUCCAAAGUGAAGAAAUUCUCAAUGAUUUUAUGCCAUUUAGUCCACAACGUUCAGGAAAAAAUGUACUUUUUGCUGUGUGAGAUAGAGUAUUUAAGGAAAUAUGGAAAGUUUUAAACAAUAAAAACUUCAUUAUCCAACGGCA